UUGGAGGAAGUGACGUAUUAGUGUAGGGUAUGAGGUUUGCUAACAGCAGGGGCAGUCAGCCGAAAAAAGGCUACUGGGAAAAGGAAGAGAUGUUGCAGCAUGACAGUCUCGUCGGAGUAAAGUCCUGCUGUGGCGAAUGGUGGUUGAUUGAGGCAGCUGGAUUUUAAUAAUGGAUUAUUUCAUGGCUUGCACAUUUCUCUUUACCCUGAUAUUACCAAGAGGUAUGACUACUGACACAGAGAAGAAAAGCUCAGAUUCAGGAUUGGAAAUCUAUAAGAAACUGUUUGAAGUAAAGCGCAAAGACCAAAUGAAUGCACUGAAGAACCUGAUUGAACUCGAUGAUGUCAACCAGCAGUACAAGAUUAUAGACAUCAUGCUUAAGGGUCUUUUCAAGGUUCUUGAAGACUCACGAGCAGUACUUAUAGCAGCAGAUGUUUCACCAGAUGGGCCAUUUUCUCAUGAUGAGAAGAUAAAGGAUGCCUAUUCCCAUGUGGUAGAGAAUACUGCUUUUUUUGGGGAUGUAGUCCUACGUUUUCCCAAAAUAGUGCAUCACUACUUUGAUCGCAACUCCAAUUGGAACAACCUCAUUCGCUGGGGGAUCAGCUUCUGCAACCAGACAGGCGUAUUUGAUCAAGGUCCCCACUCACAAGUAUUAGGAUUGAUGGCUCAAGAGCUAGGAAUUAGUGAAAGAUCUCCAGAUUACCAGAAUCCCUUUAAAGCAGACAAUUCUGAAUUUUUCCCUGGUGCUAACACAUUCCAGAAGGCUCUUCGGGAGGAAGAGAAGCGAAGAAAGAAAGAGGAGAAACGAAAGGAAAUUCGCAAGGGGCCUCGCAUCUCACGUUCACAGUCUGAGUUGUAAUUUUAAUGUCAUUUGCCCUAUCACUGAAACUUUGGGAGUUAAAACAUCUGAAAAGGAAUGUCCUUUUGUAACCUCAGGAAAAUGACAAGCUUUUGAAAGGCUAGGGCUUAGAAGUGGCAUUCUUUCAACAGGACAUUGGUACCUACUAAAUACCUAGAUAGAGACCAUGAGGUUUCAGUGCAUAUUUCCUUAUGGGAAGAAAGACUUUUCCAAGUAUCUGGAAUGUAUAGAGUAUGUCAGGGACUGUUCUUCAUGUGUAUUUUUAUCUCUCGUGGCUUUGCCAGUUUGUAAUGCUAAGAGUUUUAGGAAAAUGGGGCAAGAAGAGAGGGAAUUAAUUCUGUGGUAUAUGCCAUGUCUGCCAUUUAUCACAUGUAAUACUAUGUAUCAUUAUGCAAUCAGAAAAGUAAUAUAUUAUUGCUGCAGAUUUUGUUCCUGGACAGCAAACAAUUUCUUUGAGAAACUUUUGAAUUCUGUUAGAGAUGCACAAACUUGGAAAUAUUAAUUAGAGAUAAAGUACUCUUCAAACACUUUUUCUUUAAGUUAUAUGAAAUGUGAUUGGGAGCUGGGAUAUAUCAAAGAUAUAUUGUUCCUUAAAAUGCCAUAAUAAUAAUAAUAAUAAUUCAGAGGCCCUGUAGGUAAUAUCAAGUGUUAUCUGGUUGUCAAGCUUCCUUCAUUUUAUAAGGCUGUUAAAGUAUUUUCUCCUAAAAAGGAAGAAAAGCUUUUGGUUGAGAAGAUAGUCAAUAAGGCUGUGCUCCACAAAAUAAUAACUUUAUUUGAACAAGAGAAUAAAGUACCAAGGUAAAGUAAAUCUGUAUGAUCAUUUCAUAAUGCAGUAUUACUAUCACUACAUGAAUGAAAAUUACUGAAAGGCUUACAGAAUUCCAGUGUCAGUUUUUAGUUGCUAGCUUUUGCAAGACUACUUUUGAAUUUCAUUUGUAGUACUGUGUGUAUAGAUCUAGUUGUAAACCAUGUAUAUUUACCUUUAUUGUCUGGUAAUCAACUUUAUCUUGAUUAUUAUAAGAUACCCAUUUGGCCUUAGGUCUAAUACUAUAAAAAAGCAAAGGCUAACCAUAUGGCUUUUGUUCUUUGUUUGUUUUUACCAUUAUACCACAAAAAAUGACCAAUAGUAAGUUUAACAUAUGGGUAGUGAAAGUAUGGAAGCAUAUUUUUGCUACUCCUGCCUGAUUGUUUCACAGGAAGAAGUCACCUUUUUUCUCAACAUUUUCAAGCGUUCUAUUGUAAACCAUCCAGAGAGUGCUAUAAAACACUAUGGGAUUGUAUAUAAGUCUAAGUGCUAUUGCUAUUGUUAUUCUAUGAAGGCAUACACUUGAAGCAGAGUUCAGGUUUCAUCUUAAUUGUUAAUUUUACACUAGAAAUCAGCUGGUUUAGGGUCAAAUAUGAUUAUUGUUCUUUUCCCAAUCUACAGUUCUUCAUUGGUGACUUAAACUAUGGAUUUGAACAUAGCCACACACAAUCAAGCUGUGUGCAUUCGGCACGAACCUUUACAGCAUUUGGUAGAAUGGGUAGUUUUUGUUAAGGACUGAAGUUGAGUGGAACUAGGAGAUCUCUCUGUACAUUAAGAUAACUGGAAUAUUACACACCCCACACUUCUGGUAACAUUGCCUAAAAGGUAAUUUGCUCUUGGCAGGGGAUUCUUUUGUGUAGGAGGAGGCUUUCAGGGGAUAUUGCAUUUUGACAUGGCUGGAAAUUUAUUUUCUAAACAGAUAACCAGCUAUGCUUGGUUUGGGGAAGUAUAUGUAUUUAAAUUGGAAAUUGACUUUGCUUUUCUUGAAUAAAAUUAAAGUUUAAAAAAAACCCCA